AGCCACUUGGGCUCAAGAGCGGCUCGCCUCCGGAACGCGUGCCUUCUGAUUUUUCCUGGGCGAUGGAGCACAUCCCGCAGGGCUUCAAGGACGAGAAGGGCGAGUGGACUGAGGCGGCCAAGGCCCGAUUCUUCGGCACCAAGAACGAGGAGGCGCUCAAGACUUGGGCCGACGGGCAACGCAAGGAGUACAAGGACGAGGGUUCCGAAAAGGGCAAGGCUCUCAGGGAGAAAUACGCCACAGAGGCCGACCUCGACGCGUACAUCCUUUCGGUGUACCAGAAGAAGUGGGACGCCCUCCUGGGCAAGGCGGCAAAGUGCCCAAGGGUCUACUUCGACAUCAAGAUCGGCGACGAGGACGCUGGACGGAUCGUCAUGAUGCUCCGGGGGGACGUCGUGCCCAAGACUGCGGAGAAUUUCAGGCAGCUGUGCACGCACGAGAAGGACUACGGAUACAAGGGUUGUUCGUUCCACCGCGUCAUUCCGGGUUUCAUGUGCCAGGGCGGACACGGUGGCGGACCAACCACAACGGAACUGGCGGAAAGUCGAUAUACGGAGAGAAGUUCGCCGAUGAGAAUUUCCAGCUUGAGCACACUGGCGAAGGUAUCCUCUCCAUGGCCAACUCUGGCCCCAACACCAACGGCUCCCAGUUCUUCCUCUGCACCGAAAAGACGAGCCAUCUGGACGGAAAGCACGUGGUGUUCGGCAAGGUCAUCGGAGACUCUAUGGCCGUUGUGAAGAAGAUCGAGGCGGUGGGCUCGGGCGGCGGCGAGACCUCGAAGAAGGUGGUGAUCGAGAGCUGCGGGGAGCUCGCGCUGGCGGAGUGGCCGUGAGCCGGCGCCGCCCCGGCCCUCGCGCCGGCGGGGCGGCCGCCCGGGCCCCGUGGUGGGUAGGGCCCCGGGCGGCGGAGCCUUCCGCCGCGGAGCCGGCGGGGGGACUUUGGGGGUGGCCCGGCAGCGCCUCCGUCCAGCAGGAGGGGGUCCUCCUCCUCCUUCUCCUCUGAGGAAUGGACGGGGGAGGGGGACGGAGGUCCGACGCCCUGGGGGAUCCCAUUGGCCUCCAGCAGGGAAGUCCUACCUCCUCGGGAGGGCUGGCCAGGAGCUCGCGGCGGUGCCGCAGAGCGCUGGCCUAGCAUAGACCAGUAGAUAUCUUGAAGCGCUUGCUUGCUCAGAAA